AACCGUCAAUGUCAUGUGUUGUUGGCAGUUUUGUCAACACGUAAUAAAGUCGCAACAUUUUCUUAUUCCUUGUAAUUAAAUAGUUUAUUAAAACAGCUGGUUUUAUCUAAGGUUAAUAACUGGUGUACAAACAUGCCUACAAGUGAUAGUGAGGAUUUUGAGAGUGCUGACGAGGGCCACGGCAGCCCCGACAAGAAGGAAAGAAAGAAACGGUUGUCGUCUUCAAACUACAGCGACGGCGCAUUAGAAGCUGAACAAAAGCCUACAAAUACUCAAACUACUUCCAGUAAUGUUCAAAAAGUUGUGGAAGAUGUGAAAGACACAGAUGGCUGGGAUGACUUCGACAUAGAGGACAUUGAGCCCAUUGUUCCACAGAUAACAAAGAGUAUACCGGCUAAGAAUAAAACUAAGUUGGAAGAACAGCUGGGUAAAACAAUAGAGGAUGUGAAGUCUCAGGAUACUGGCUGGGAUGAUUUUGAUGACUGGGGACAGGACGACGCGGCUGCUGAUACUCAGAAGAUUGCCCCACCAAAACCACAACGUCAACUGAGCCAACCAGCACAACCAGAGCCCAAUAUUCAGGAGGUGACUGACCGAUUAGCAGCAGCCUCCACCGGUGGCAGUGGCUGGGGGUGGGGAUGGAGUGUGGACUCUCUCCUCAGUACCGCUACUGCUGGCAUUACUAAUAUUACCAAUCAGGUUUCACAGGGCAUAUCAACAGUCCUAGAAACCGGUAUCGGUGCUCCCGACCCUGAAGAACUAGCUCGAAUCAACAGGACAUCUAAAGACAAUGACUCUAAAGUCAGCAAACCUGACAAUGAACCUUCAACUCCUAGUGAGAGGAGACCAGAAGUUGGUUCUGAGGAAGCUGGUGGGAAUACUGGUGAUGCAUUCCAGUUUGGCAGUUUGUUCUCUGGUGUUACCAAGUUUGUGGAAACUACAGGAACAAAAGUAAUACACGGUGGUCUCGACACUCUAGAAACUAUAGGCAAGAAAACAAUGGAAGUGCUACAAGAUGGGGACCCAGGCCUUGCCAAGAAGCGAGCUCUCUUAGGCCUUGGGGCCAAUGAUAAGCCAGUGCUGUCUCAGGUGCUGAGAGAGGCCAAAGCUAAGGCUGAAGAAGAUGAUAGGGUGAGAGAAGAGAAGAGGGAAGCUAAGGAAGUCCAUUAUGAGAACCUGUUUGAUGAUUUUGAAGGCCUAGUACAUUUAGAAGCGUUAGAGAUGUUAUCCAAACAGGUGAGCAUGCGCAUAGAGGAACGCAUUCGCAGCGUCGACGCGGACAAACGACAAGAUAUUAAGGAGACGCUGCAGCAAGUUGCUGAACUAUGCGAAAUGCCUGAAGAAGAUGAGGAAGAGGAAGAAUCUCCGAGCGCAGGCUUGUCCAAGCCUGAUGCCUUCCACGAGCGACUGCAAACCGCCACACAGGACUUGGGGCUUAAGCUGCAGUUCCAACCGCUUGUUAAACAAUACACAGAAAUCCUAGCUUACAUAACAUCACUAGAAGCCGACGUACAAAUAAAGUCGGUGUACAAACGCGGCGUCUCCUGCCUCGCUCAGAGCACGGCACUCUCAGUGGAACAGUACCACAAGGCUGCUGAGAUGCUGCUGGUGAAGCCCAGGAGAUCCACCGCUGAUGAAGCUGAUGCUCUCACGCAAAUGACCGUGGUACUAACGAAACACAUCAGCGAGCUCGCCACGCUGUUCACAGAGAAAUUGAACGCUUUGCCAUCAGACAAUAAGGAACAAGUCAAUACGUACAUCACCAAUAUAUUCUUAGAGGCUGGCAACAGUUCAACAUACAUCCAGAACGCGUUCCAACUAGCGCUGCCCAUACUACAAAUAGGCGCUGUAUAAAUAAAUAAUAUAAUAUUAUAAUAUGAAAUAACUAUUGAUCUAGUAACUAAUGGAAAUAUGAGUCAAUAAGAAUCAUCUUGCUU